CUUAUAUUUCUCCGGCAGCUUUGUUUCAUUAGUUUAAAUCUAUGACCUUUUGUUUUUGAAGUUCCAGGUCUCGGGAAUUCUUCCCUAUCAAUUUUAUUGCAAAGCUCUCAUCCUGUAACUACACUAAGUUACUUCAGUAAUGACAGUCUCACACUCACUUUCUCACUAAAAUGUAAAAAACAGAAAAUAUAGCUUCUUACUAAUUCUAGAAAUUGAACAGAUGCAUCGAAAAGUUGUCAUAGGGGCUAUAUUUACAUUGGCUGUUGUGUGUGUUUUUCAAUGUUUGUUUCAUCAGGUACAAGCCCAGGUGAUGGUUUCAACUCUGAGUUGGUGCUGCUGGAUGUUGAGGUGUCAGUGAAUGAAGGUGAAACCUCUCGCAAUACCAUCAUUCUCCAUCUGGUAGCCAAGUUCUCCAGUUUGAAUCCGAUGAUUCGUGAAAUAAACAAAGAGGUGAAGUCUAGUUUGAGGGAGUAUUUAGUAUAUGCAGAGAUCAUAAAGGAACUGAAUGAGUUUCAAGCUGCUAAAGCACCUGAGGAGCCUUGUAUACCAAUCCCAGAAUUAAUAUAUGGUAAGUGCACAAACAAGGAAAAUAUAUUACUAAUGGAAAAUAUAAAGAUUACUGGUUAUGAGACAUAUGACAAGUACAAAGGAUUAGAUUUUGAUCAUCUUAAAAUUAUAAUUAAAGAGAUUGCGAGAAUUCACGCUCUUUCACAUGCAUACUAUCAGCCCAAUGCAUUCCAGGAAAAAUACACAUGUUUUCCGACAACAUCACAACAUCUACUGACAUUUAAACCAGUCAUGUCAGCGGUGCUAGAAACUGCCAUUGACUUUCUUAAGAGUCAAAGUGACAAAAAAGAUGUAACGGAGAGAGUCAAAGAAUGUAAACAAAGUUUAAUAGAAAAGUAUACAUGUGCACUGCCUGAAGAAGAUACUAUCAAAUGUUUAAUUCAUGGAGAUAUGUGGAUAAAUAAUAUCAUGUACAAAUACAAAGAUCCUCAACUAAAUGGAAGCCAUCAAGAGAUUGAAGGAAUAAAACUCAUUGACUGGGGAAACACUAGCUGGGGAAGCCCUUUUUUUGACCUUCAGUAUCUGCUACACGCCUCCACGACUCACACCAUCAGAACUACCCACCUAGAGGAGCUCCUACACCACUACCACUCUACGUUCACCAGGCUCGCUGCUAAGCUGGGGUCUCCUGCUGCCAGCUGGAACUUUACACAGUUUAUGAUCGACUGGGAGAAGACUUACAUAUUGGGAUUCUUUUUAGGUUUCACUAUGGUGCUGGGAACCCUAAACACAUGCAGUCCUCUAAACAAAGAGCCAGAACCUUCUGUACUGGACAAACCUUUUAUGUUACCAGUGAAAAUUGUUGCUGAUGGCAUGAAACUUGGGAUGUCAAAACUUCUUGUUCCUUUAUUUAAGAAACCAAUUGGCGAGUAUUUGACCAUGAAAACUUUUCAACUGGUCAACAAGCCAGUUCUCAAAGAACUUAUUUCUGGCAAGAAUGAAGUCAUGAAUAACAGGGUACUCGGCCUAGUCAGUGAGGCAGAUAAUAAGGGGAUUUUCACCAAGGACUGAAUACAAUACAGUACAUACUGUACUUUCAUUUAUUCUUUAACCCGUUUACAGCGGCUAUUGAAAAAUGGUAAUUCUUGACCAUACGCAAAAAAAUAAACAAAAUUCCAGAAAAUAUAUUUUCUUGUACAGUAUUUAUUUCUAUGCAAAAUGUAAGAAAACAAUUAUGUAUUAACGUGUACAUUUUUUACUGGCUGGAAGAGGUGUGUGGAGGCAUCUGUCUACACCCAGUAAUGGCUUUGUUGAGACUGCUGUAUGUAUGACUCUAGUGUUCACCUUGGAUGACUGCAUCUAUCUGGACCUAAAAAAAAAAGGCUCUUGACAGAGUUCCACAUAAGAGGUUGUUCUGGAAACUGGAACACAUUGGAGGGGUGACAGGUAAGCUGCUAACAUGGAUGAAAAAUUUUC